UCACAAUCAGCAUUUACCAGCAAGUUUUGGAUUCACUCGGAGCGCACGGGGCCUCUCAGUCACUGCUCUCGCUCAUGAUGACUCUGUUCGAACGCCCAAUCACACAUUCUUCCUCGAUGCUCCGAGCUCCCAUCUCUGCGCUUCCAUGGCCGCUCCUCUCCCUCGCUUCGCCAGCUUCCCCUCCUCUCUCUCUCCCCACAGGCUCUUUUUCCCCUGCCGUCACCACCAACCCCACCUUGAACGUAGCCACGAGCUUCGCUUCGUCUCUCGGGACUGCUCUCCUGGUCGGCGCUCCGCUGUUUGCGUCGCUUCCGUCAAGAAGUCCAGGUCUGGUAGGAAGACGAAGAGCAAUGUAGAGCUAUGCAAUGACAUAAAGGAAUUCUUAGCUUCUGCGGGGCUUCCUGAAGGUCAUGUUCCGUCCAUAAAGGAGCUUUUGCAGCAUGGAAGGGAUGACCUUGCAUAUAUUAUUAGAAGGAGGGGUUACAAACUUAUCAGGGAACUUCUUUCGAACUCGGUAGCAAUGACACUCUAUGUAUCUGAUAGGGAGACAAACAUAGAUGAAGAAAAGGAAGCUACUAGUGCCAAUGAAGAAGAAUCAGAAAAAGGUCAGAAUGAGAAUGCUGGCUGUUUGGAUGAAGAAAGUUCUCUAUCUGUUGGAAUAUCUUUUGAGGAAGACUGCUUUGAUGAGCUUGAUAUUAAUUCAUCUUCUGACGUUGCUGGCAAUAGUAACAUGCACAUUGAAACUCCAUUUAGUCUGUCUAUGAAAGAUAAUACCGCACAGCAUGUGGUGGAAAGUAUGAUCGAAGAUACUCCAUCAUCUAUGGAAACUUCAAUUGUGGAAGAAACCUCUGCUAGUGUAGAUGGGGACCCGGAGAACUCCUUUAAUAGCAAUACCUUCAUGCCAGUUGAAACUUCUACUAACUUGGUCACAGCAGCCAAUGACUCUACUACUCCAUUAGGUCACUUUGAAUGGGUUAGCUCUACUUUUGAGGAGACAUCCUUGACCAAUUCUUACAAUCAUGGUUAUACAUGUGUUGAAACAUGUGCUAAGCCAUCCUUGGAGGAGAGGGUAGCAAAAUUUAUGCAAGAUGGAUAUCUUGAACCAAUUGAAGAUCAACUAACUGAAGCACCCGGUGAGAUUGAUGACGAAGAAAACCGGAGUUUCGCCGAGUCCGAUAUGAGUGAGCCAGGGUCAGAGCUUCAGCUGGAGACCCAUAAUGGGGAGCAGUCAGAACAUGUGCAUGGGGAAAGCAAUGGUGCUGUAACACCUAAUAUAAGUACAGCUAGACAGGUCUCUCCUGCAAAAGUACAUUCUCCUGUCAGGUACAGCGAGUCAUCAGUUGAAGAAUUGUUUGAUGCUGACGUGGGCAACAAUUUGGAUGAGGAGAUAAGAAAGCAGGAGAGCCAAGCUGAGAUGAGUCAUCUCAAAUUUAUGCUGCAUCAGAAGGAAUUGGAAUUGUCUCGAUUGAAGGAACAGAUUGAAAAGGAAAAGCUUGCUCUGGAAAUGUUGCGAACCAAUGCUGAGAAUGAGAUCAACAAAGCCCAAAAGAUCGUCUCAGUAAAAGAUGCAGAACUACAGGCUGCUGAGGAGAGCCUUUCCGGGCUUAAAGAAGUUCAGAUAGAGUAUUCUGGCAAUGGUGAUAUCGUGGAGGUGGCUGGUAGCUUCAAUGGUUGGCAUCACCCGAUUAAAAUGGAUCCCCAUUCAUCAGCUACUGCUACAAACACUAUUGGGAAAUCUAGAUAUUGGUCGACAAUGCUGUGGCUUUACCCUGGGACAUAUGAGAUAAAAUUCAUAGUUGAUGGCGAGUGGAGGAUUGAUCCCCAAAAGGAGUCAGUUACACGGGGUACAAUAUGUAACAAUGUCCUUCGGGUCGAUAGAUGAUAUGGUCGAGGCUGGCAGUCGUGCUUCAUAUCUGUACGCAUACCCACUUCUGUGGUAUAACCUGCGGGGCGGUUGAAAGGUUGCUGAUGGAUGACAGUUGAAACAUUCUUGCACAGUGGGAGAAAAUGGUCAAGGUGCCUGUAUUGAUGAAGAAGACAAGACGUGAAGGAUCAUAUCGCAGUUUGGAUUCACGUAGCCUCUUCUCUGCACAGGAUGAGGACCUGGAUAGUGAUGCAG